AUGCUUCGUACGGAAUUCUGGGACCGUCUGGGCAGCCGGAGUCCCCCUCCAAUUCUACUUUCGCUAGGAUACGAGCUGACACCGUUUUUUGCCAGCACACGCUCACAAAGGGCACGAACACCGUUACCCGAAUUCGACAUCGAAGCGGAGCCGCUGGCUAAGGCCCAAAACGAUGCGGUUCAACUGCACAACGAGGUACGGCGUGACGAGUCGGGCUUGGCCAAGAUAGUGCAAAGAAGACGUGCCGUGCCGUAUUCGGUGUCACAUCACCCUAACACGGAUGCCCCAAUCCAGAAUUGUCGGCAUAGCAAACAAGCGGCUGUUUCCCGCGUGUUUACAGAACCGAAAACGUUACAGCAGUUGGAGGACCUCCAGCUGCGUUGCAUGGAGAAAUCGGUGCCUCCGAAGGCCGCCUUGGAAUCCAUAUGGCUGUGGCACGAUGGCUACUGCCAUCUGCUGGCCGACCUAUUGCGAGUGUUGGCCCAGGAGAAGGGCGGAUGGAACAUACCGGCGCGGGUGUUGAAGCCUAUACUGGAAUUCGUGGUUGACAAAGGCAUCCCUAUUAUCAGCAAGCAGUUCCAGGAUUACUGUGCCGAGCGCGUUACAACCAUCCACUGUGUGACUAUCGAAGAGCACAACGGGGGUAACGGCCGCGUAGAGGCGCUGAAUAAGACCUUCAGUCCUGGCUUACGCGCUCUUUGGUAG